ACACCUCUUUAAGAUGUUGCUUAGAGUAGUUUGUCUUCGCAACCAUGGAGGAGCAGAAGAGCUGAUACGGGCGGUGGGCUUCGCUUCACGCUGGCGAGGGGGGUCCGAGCGCAAAGGAUAAUCGUGCCCGCGUUUGCGGCUACUGGGAAAUAAGAACGAAGACGUCUUAAGGGAAGACAGAGGGUGAAAGUCAAGCCGCAUUCGGGGCAGCCACAGCGGGACAACACCGAGCGAGCGAGCGCGAUGACGCCCCCGUGAUUGAGCGCUUCAGACGACGACAGUUUACUGUUGUUAUUCCCUCACGCGGUGAAGUUGAGUCCCAUGAAUCUCGACCACCUCAAGCAUUCCGCGCUCCUUUCGAUCCUGUUUAAGAUGGCAGACGACAAUGAACUUAUCGGUGCUUCGGAGUUCAUUAAAGAUCGAUUGUAUUUCGCCACCCUGCGAAACAAGCCGAAAAGCACAGUGAAUACACAUUACUUCUGCACAGAUGACGAAUUUGUUUACGAGAACUUUUAUGCCGAUUUUGGUCCCCUGAACGUAGCAAUGCUGUAUAGAUACUGCUGCAAGCUGAACAAAAAGCUUAAGACUUGGACUGGCAGCGUACAGACGUCAAAACGAGGUCAGACAUCCUUUGAUUCAGUGGCGGAUUUUCUUGUAAGAGUGCUGCAGUCGUUUACAUUGUCCCGAAAACGGAUUGUCCAUUACACCAGCUUUGAUCAACGGAAGAGGGCAAAUGCCGCAGUGCUAAUUGGUGCCUAUGCUGUGAUUUACUUAAAAAAGACCCCAGAAGAAGCUUACAGAGCCCUCAUUUCAGGAUCCAAUGCAUCAUAUUUACCAUUCAGGGAUGCCUCUUUUGGAAAUUGCACCUACAACCUAACCAUUCUUGAUUGUUUACAAGGUAUCCAAAAGGCUCAGCAGCAUGGAUUUUUAGAUUUUGAAACCUUUGAUGUAGAUGAAUAUGAGCAUUAUGAGAGAGUUGAAAAUGGUGACUUCAACUGGAUUGUUCCUGGAAAAUUUUUAGCUUUUAGCGGGCCUCAUCCGAAAAGUAAAGUGGAACAUGGGUACCCCCUUCAUGCUCCUGAAGCCUACUUCCCUUACUUUCGAAAGCAUAAUGUCACCACAGUCAUCAGGCUGAACAAGAAGAUUUAUGAUGCCAAGCGCUUCACAGAUGCAGGCUUUGAGCAUUGUGACCUGUUCUUUGUGGACGGCAGCACACCCAGUGACACCAUCAUGCGAAGAUUUCUGCAUAUUUGUGAAAACACCGAUGGAGCCGUGGCAGUUCAUUGUAAAGCUGGCCUGGGCAGAACGGGCACUUUGAUAGGCUGCUAUCUCAUGAAACACUACAGAUUCACGGCAGCGGAGAGUAUCGCCUGGAUUCGAAUCUGCCGACCUGGGUCCAUUAUAGGACCUCAGCAGCACUUCCUAGAGGAUAAGCAGUCUAGUCUAUGGAUCCAGGGAGAUAUCUACAGGUCAAAACUGAAGCAGAGGCCACUGGAUGAGGAGAGGGUGUCCCACAUUAUCUCGGGCAUGGAUAACAUUUCUAUCACUGGAAGCAUUUACAAGACACAGAACAUGGACCUCAUGGAGGAGAAUGAUUACACAGAUGAUGGAUUUUUAAUGACACAGGGAGACAAACUACGUGCCUUAAAAAGCAGAAGACAGCCCAGAUCGGCCACUACCGGAGCUCUCAGGCUAGAUGAUAUGAAAAUGCACACAAGAUCACCUUCACAACCUUUCAGAAUCAAUACCUCAGCUGGGUCCCAGGGUUCAAUGUCUCCACUGAAGACUUCAAAAGUCUCCAACUCCAGUUCGGCCAUCGCCAAGAGAAUAGGCAGGGGUCCCGUGUCCUCGGGUUCCAAUUUGAAAAGCUUCUCCGUAAACUCAAGGUUAGCCAGUUCUCUCGGAAACCUCAGUGCUACUGUCGAUGAGACGCCCUCGCCAGCUCCCACAAGGACGGGCUUUAUUUGUUCUCACCCGUCUGAUUACUUAAACAGCAGCCCCCCAGUGGCCGAGCUGAACAACAACCAGCAGCAGAGCCGCAACGCCACCAAAGGUAUCCCUAGGUACGCCAUUAAGCCCAGCAGACUGUCAGAUGAGUACGGCUCUCACCGGCCGCAGUAUGCGGGCCUCACAUCCUCCACGGCACGAUAUUUAAGCCGUUCAAUCCCUUCCCUUCAAUCUGAAUAUGUUCAGUACUAAAGCGGCACUUCUGCGUUGAAGCUGAAGCACAAUGGAGAAAGCCGGAGACAAACGAGCCGUCGCUCGCGUGGAGACAGCCAGCCGCCCCCGUCCUCCUCCAUGCUGUCAGUGCUACAGGGAGAAUAAAAAGCUCUCCAGCCGACUCUCUGGGAUGAGUGUUUAAGAUGGCUUUUAUUUUAUUUUUUUUUGUUUUCUUUUCAAGACUGAAAAGGCAAUGGAGUUUUUUUUUUUUUUUAUUAAAAAGUCUUGUGUGUAACAGAAGCACACUGGGAAAUUUUUAAACAAGCUGUUUUUAUAUAAUAUAUAUAUAUAUAUAUAUAUAUACCAUUUUAUUUUUAGAAGAAAGAAUUUGAUGGAGAUUAUUUUUUCACAUAAAUGGUGUACCUUUUAUCCCAUGCGUCCUAUCAAAGUAAUAUUUUUAUGGUAAACGUUUUGCAGUUCAUUUGUGCACCUUUGCUGGCUCACAGAUCUGUAAGGUGGCUGAAGUGAAAUGGAGCGGGCCUGCUGGAAGACAAUGCUGUGCGGCCUCGGGACUUUUAAUAAUAUUUUCAUGAGUUAGCUUUGAGCAGCUUGCGGCCCACAGAUACGCCUUCUGUGAAUUUUAGCGCCGGGUCCUCCAUUUCAGUCCUGGAGGCCUGCAGGUUUUCUUUCUACCCAGUUUAACCCUAACCCUAAUUGAAUUUCAUUAUGUGGCUUGGUUGUGAUUUCGUUACUCAAGUACUAAUGAUGAUCACACUGAGGAUUUUCCCUUUCGUGUUUUUGUGGGCAGUCAUUCCCUUGUUUCUCAUAUUUAUUUCUAAACAUUUUAUUUGCACUGGCAGCUCAUGAUGCAUACACAGUACGCCAUUUUUUAAAUGGAACCAAGUUAGCUGUAGAGCUGGUGGUUCCUUCGUCCUUUUCAUGUCAUUAUUGACCGAUACGCAAUUAAAAUGUUUUAAACUAAAGAGAGCAAUUAAGGGUUCUGAAUCGUAACCUGAGAGUUAAGAAUCUAAGCUCAAAAAAGAGAGAUUGCCUUAGCAGCUAAUAAAUGGGCUCUAAUUUAGAAAUUGGUUGAAGUUAAAACCUGCGGCCUAGGACACUUGAAAGGACGGCUGUGGUCCUUGCAUAUUUUCUGAAUUUGCUGCACAAAGGUUCCUGUCCGUCUUGCACGUGUUAUGCCGGGCCACCGUGUUUUGGGUUAUAUGAGAAACCCCCAAAGAACGGGUGAAAAAUCUCACCCUGCAACACAAUUCUUCCAUCAAGAAAAGUGAGGCUUUGUGUUCCUGAGCACCCAUAAAGUGGUGUGCCUGUUGGGAUUUGAUGAUUUAAGUAAUUCAAAUAUACUUCAGCCACAUCUCAUGCUGAAAAAGCACUUAGAAGAACAAAAUAAAAAGGGACAAGGAAAAUGCAAUGAAAAUUUAUACAAAGCUUUUAAUUCCCAAGAAUAUUGAAAAAGAACUUUCCAUCUGAAAAAACGGGGCAAUUUAUAAGGAUAACACCAUGAGUGGGCUCAGUGGGCGGCUUGUGGGGAUUCAAAAAAGAGAAAAUAGACGGUGGAGAAGAAAAUGUAUUGAUUAAGUUAGGACUAUGCCGAGAAUAUGGGCACACCCAAAUAAUUUAGAACCCGCUACACCCCGUCCACCCACACAUAAUCAUGCUGUACAAACUAAUAGACGAGUGUGACCAUUAAGAUCAAUAGAACAUCGAUAAAAACACGGAGCCUAAUGAAAAUAAAUUGUAACCUGCGUGCAACAAAUCAGUGGGUACCUUAGAAGGUGGUAAUUCUGGUAGGGCUUAUGGGAAACAACCCUAAAUAAUACAAAGGAUACCCCCAAGGUUGAGUCGGGAGGUUCGCUUUGUAUUCUGUAAGCGGGUCGUCCCAUGCAGUAUAAUGUCAAACAUUCAACAAGUUGGUCUGACAUGGUAAGGUGCAAAUUCAAAGUCCCAUUUCCCACCCUUCUUCAUUACACGUGUAGUUAUUAAAAUUGGAAUGGCAGCUAAUCAAACAGUGGCUCCUCACUAGAUCGUGUAGGAUUAUAGGAGUGUGUCGACCCUCACAUUUUAUAUAUCAAAAGGGCCACCUUAGGGAAUGAAGUAUUACAAACUUGACCUCUUGUCGCGAUUCUUUUGAAAAUGGGAUGUAGUUGGUGGAGAAAAGUGAAUAAAGUACAGAACAAAGAAAAGUCCAGGCAAUACGGUGUGAGGGCCACAGAACCUGAAGUAAAAUUGCCAGAACAUUCUGGAGCUUUGUGUCAGGACUGGGGCCACCCACGUGGAGGUGGCAGGCUUUUCAGUAAUUGGCGGCUGCUGCUCCGUGCCACACGCCAACUCGUCUGAUGUUUGGGGACAGAGGUUGUCCAGCUUUACUCUAGAAAUGCAUUGGUUUUUAAAGCAUCCUGCAAGUGCUGCCCAGUUGGCCCAGUUUGAGACUAGUGAGCAUCUUCCAGCCUCUGACCCUCUGGGAUCACCAGAAGGCUUUCAAAUAACAUCUGACAUUUAAUGAAAUAAUAUUGUCGUCUUUCUGAUUCCUGUGCAAAUUUCUUUUAUUCUUCUUUUUUUUUAAAUGUUUAUGUGGAAAUGUACCCUUUGUGGCUUCAGGCUCCUGAAACAGAAUCACUGUAGUGACCUGCCCUGCCCUGUUGAUCUGCUGUUUUUGUACAGUCCUUUUACAGACAGAUGUCAUGGUUGUGCAGUGCGAAUCUGCAACAGAAGAGUCCUUCUAUGAAAUUCUACCUCUUAAAUGAUGAAGAUUACCUGUAUGAUGACUUCUGUUUUUCACUGCAGUGUCUGCGUUACUGUGGAUCAGUAUUUUGCUGUCCUUUAAAUAAAUAAAUAAAUCACCUAACUGAACAACA